AUGCAUUUCUCCUUACUGUUAUUCCUAUCCAUCGUGCCUCUUGCCACAUCACAAAUGAUUCGUCAAUGUGGCUGCGGAGAGAUUGAACAGUGUCUCGGAAGUGCCACCGGAGGAUUCAUGAAAUGCGCAGAUCAAUGUCAAAACCACGUAGCAGCAAUGGGUGCAAACUAUCCAGCAUUGAGACAAUGCAUGCUCCAAAAGGAGCCAGCUAUCACAAGAGCCGCCAACUGUCAGAAAUCGAAUCUUCAGAACGCAUGCUCCCGAUCCGGAGGUGGAAUGGUCCGUAAGCGUUAUCCAGAGACUCUCAAACUUGCCGCUUUCACUGAAGUCAACUCGAUCCUGCAGAGAUCUGGAAUCCAAGCCGAAGCAAAGGCCUUCCUUUCAGUCGGAAAGAAAUUCGCCACCUGUGUGAUGAAGUGUAUGGAUCGUGGAUCAACUGGAAACUGCUACAAGAAACUUGGAUGCGGACUCGAUCUCCCACCAGAUAGCAUUCUCGUUCAAUCUACCAAACAAUGCGCCAUCAACUCUGGAUUCGAUACCGCCGGAGUUCGUCAAUUAUGUAAUUGUGUAGCUGGAACUGGUGUCCGCAACCUCGCUCCAUUGUGCAACCGCAUCACGAUCUCUUAA